AUGGAUACAAACAACAACAACGCCACCACCAGUCAAACGGCUGCUGCCGCCGUCCGCAGCGCUGUUGCCUCGGUCGCGACGUGCACCCCCGCGACGUCUGCGUUGUUGAAGAGUUUACUCCUCCCAAAAGAAGAGAGCAGCAGCGGCAGCAGCACACCUGCAGUGGACGAGCCACCGUCACGAACAACCUCCCGCGCCGCGACUGCUCGAUCGCGGGCUAAUACUGCUACCUCAAAUGUAUCCCGAGCACCCUCCCGCCGGGGCAAGACUCCCGCCCCAAACCCCCCAGUAGAUACCGCCGGCGGUCUCUCAAGCCGUGACAAAGCCACCCUCGCGACGCAGGUCAUCAACGCCGCGCUGAAAGCCCUGUCGGAAGCAGCCAAAGCUUCAUCUACUGUCACCCCCGCAACAGAAGACCCCCCGCCGUCGCCGUCAUUAGUCAAAACCGCGACGACAAGGCAGACGUUACGACGAACGAGCUCAGCACCGAUCUCACCCCUCCAACCCCGCCCGUUGAAUCGGCAGUCGACGUCCCCUUCUGUCCCGCGACAUGUACGAUCACCUUCCAAGCCGAGCCUGUUGGGUUCUUCCCCGAAUUUGUUAUCGCUAGUCGAAUGCGCGCGCGUUGCGCUGAGUACAUUGAGGCAGAUUGUCACCGCGGGAAAGGUCACGCUGCCGGAGCUCCAGCUCGAGAGUGGGAUUUCUGCUCUGGUGAGCAGGUUGAUCACACUUGGUUUGCACGAGCAGGCUAUUCGGGAACUAAGAACCCUGAAGAGGAGAUUGGAGACUUUGUCGGGGAAUGAGAAGAAGGCGCCAGUGACAGAGCCGAAAACCACGGCGGAGGCGUUUUCCGAGAUUCUUGACUUUGGCUCUGUCAAGCUGUCCGGUCCGGCGCUGCUGCUGGCUGUCACGACGCAGAUCCAGGCGUUGAGGGUGUUGGGACUGGGAAAGAAGCCCUCUGCGAUAGAGGCGGUGGUGGCGCAUUUGGGAUAUGACAAGACUUGUUCCCCAGUCAGGUUGCUGCUGCAGGCUGCCGCGGAAAAGGGAGCGGACAAGGGGAAACUGGGAAGGCAGAUGGAGACUGCGGCUCAGUGUCUGCUGGCGCUUUGCCCGAGUGUGUCGGGUAAGGAUGAUGGGGUUGCUACGGAGCAGAGGCUGAGUGUCUCCCCCGGCACAGCGCUGGAGCUGCAGGUUUUGGGACUGGAGAUGAGGUUGCAGUGGUGGGAGAUGGUGAAGCAUCGGGGGGAUGUCGAGAAGGAGGUGAUGGUGCCGUUGUCGAGAUUUUUGGGCGCCUUUAUAAGGAGGACGGCGGCCGAUGCGAAGACGAGUUAUAAGGUUGUUGUGGGGGCCUGGGAGAGGGUUGAUACCCGGGUGAGGGGGCUGAAUUUCAAGCCGAACGAGGGAUCGAGGAUGCCGCUUGCGAUGAUUUAUCAGACUUUGGCUACGCUUGCGAAGGAGGGGGGAUUGGUGAAGGAGGCGGUGGGGUGGGGGGUUAGGUUGAGGGAUAUGAUUGGGGGGGGAGGGUCAGCCGAGUCGGUUGUGAAGAAGGUGUCUGUUGCUGCGCAGUUGUUGGGGUGCCAGCUGAAGGAUAGGACAAAGUAUUUGCAUGAUGAUGGGCUGAUUGGGGAGGUUGUGGCGGGGAUGAUGGGGCCUUUGAGGGGGGAUAUGAGCGAGUUGGAUGAGCUGCUGGGGAAUGUGGUGCAGGCGAGGAAGGCGGCGAUUUCGGUGCUGGUGGUGGAGAGGAAGAGUGAGGUUUCGUCACUACAAAAGGGGACGAGGGACCAGUUGGAGAUGUUGGUGUUGCAGACGCCGAGGUUUUGUUUGAGGUGGUUGGGGAAGCCGCCUGGACCUAAAGGCAGCACGAAGGAUUAUUUGAGGUAUGAGCAACGACGACAACUGCUGCAGGGGAGUUUGCAGCAGAAUCUGGAGUCGGCUUUUUUGGUGGUCAAGGUUAGGUUGGAGGAGGGGAGGAUGGCGUGGGAGGUGACGGAUAGUGUUUUGGGGGAUUGUGUCACGUUGUUGGAGUAUACGGGGAGUAGUAACGGUGGAGGAGAAGGGAGUUCGAUGUAUGUCAAGAUAUCGCAUUUUUACUACCUGCAGUAUAAUGCGCUCCGGCAGACGAUCGCGGAUCCCAAGGACCCGAGUCCGUUGAGGGCGCUGAGGAGGUCGGUGGACUGUGUCAAGUAUCGGAGUGGGAAGGAGAAGGAGAAGGCGCAGUUGAUUCUGAAGUUGGAGAGGCAGAGUGAGUUGGCAAAGAGGUUGGGCAGGGGAGAGGAGGCGAUCAGUGCGCUCUUUGCCAUCAGGACGAGUUUGCUUGAGGAUGGGGUGCUCGCUACGGUUGCCAAGGGGCUGGCUACACAAUCACCGGUGGCGGUCUGGGAGCGUGAUGAAAAAACCGAGGCGCUGUCACGGGCCCUGGUGGCCAUCGCGCAGAUGGAGCAGGUCUGGAUGGAUUGGACUGUCGAUUUAUCCGAGGCUGAACGGGCGGCUGCUUUGGAGCACAGACUGAGGUAUGUCUUGCUGAGAGCAGGAAGCAGCUACACGGAUGUCACGCUCGAGCACCCCUGUGUUGAUCAGCUGUUGAGGAUAUACAUCCCCACGAGGUACCCGAUCCGACGGCUUAGGGUGCUGCUGAGUCUGCUUUGUGCUGCUCUGGGGAAGCUCGAUAAGGCAGAGGAACUCCUCGCGGUUGCGAAAGACGCCUCGCAGGUGGAGGAUUUGGGCGAGGACACAGGCCUGGUUGGGUAUCUGCAGCACAUGAAAGCUCUCUUUGGGAGUCUGGCUGCGGCAGUGGACGGAUACAAGAAUGCAGGCGCCCUUCGGGAGAGCGUGGUUGUCUGGCAGGGCAUCAUCAAGUCAUGCCAGGACAAGGCCGCCCUGGAGAAGCAAGUGGACGAUGUUGCCGGUCUUCUCGACUAUCUCCAGUCUAUCGCGGACUUCCUCCGGAUGAAAGGCAAAGACGAAAUGCUCGCCUCCGUACUCGAGCUUGUCACAGACAUCUCCCAGGUAGCCGCUACCCAGGGCUCCAAAGCCGAAGAGCUGAUUCAGCACAACUCUGCCCUGGCCAUGCAAUACACCAACCUAGGCCGGUCUACAAAGGCAGAGCAGCUCUUCACCAAGGCCCGUCAACACCUCGGCCCGCAAGCCUCGGGGGAAACCACCGCCGCGUUUUACCUCGCCUGCGCUGAGCACGCUGUUGCCUUGGGCGACUUUCAACAAGCGGAAGAGCACCUCGCCUCCGCCCGGACAGCCUACACCACUUCCUCUACCAGCACACACACCCGCCUCCAGAAAAAACAACUCGUCGCCUAUGCGUUUUAUCUGCAUUCGAUCCUCGCCCAAGAAAAAGGCGACUCCCACCACGCGCUGGUGUACUCUAGAGAAAGCGUCAGGGCGAUCAUGGCGGAGUGGGUAAAGUUGGAAGCCCAGCUCGUCGCUUCUUCUAUCACCUCCUCCUCCUCCUCCCCCGAUCCAACCGACCUGUCCCUCGCUACCGCAACCCAACACCUGCCUGUUGCUGCUUCUGGACCGGCCUUUUGGAAAAUGUUUCAUGGCUUGUUUCGGAACACGAUGAGGCUCUCUUUCGUGUACGCUCACUUGGGCUUGUUUCAGGAGACGAUGUACUAUGCUGAGCAAGCGGGGAAGAUUGCGGGGCAGGUGGACAGCGAGUUUUACAACUGUGCGGUGGCGGGGUGGAUGGGGGAGGUUUCUUGGAGGUCGGGGGGGAUUGAGAAGGCGGGGGAGAUGUUGGGGAAGGCGACGGGGUUGUUUACGGAGGUUGCUGGAGAGGGGAACUGGUUUGGGGCGGCCGAGUUGGCGGUUAGGUUGUCAGAGAUUUGUGUUGGGGUGGGGAAUUUGAAGGGGGGGGGUUGGUUGCUGGAGAGGGCGGAGGGGAUUGUGAAGGGGUUGGUGAAGGACAAGGGGGUGGAGGACGUGGAGGAGGGGAUGAAGAAGUUGAAGAUUGAGGAGGGGAGCAAGGGGACGACAGCGAGGGGAGGGGUAGGGGGGAGGAAGGUGGUUGGUGGUGGGGGGGUGAAGAAGCCUGUUCGGAAGACAGGGGCUGCUGGGGCGAGGGCGGCUGCUACGAAGGCGAAGCCGGUUGUUAAGGCCGCGGCUCCUGCUCCUGAACCCGUGGUAGUAGUGGAGGAUGCGCAACUUGCGAAACUUCGGGCUUCCAUUCUCGUCCAGAAAGCGGUGCUGAUGCUCAAGCAAAAGGAGUGGGCUGGGGCUCAGAGUAUUUUGGGUGAGGCCGCUUCUGCUACGACGGUCAAGUCUUCUGACCUGUUACCUACGCGGCAGCUGGCUAUGGCGUCGUGCUUGUUGGGUAUGAGCAUGGAGCAGAUGGCUCAGGAUCCGGUCUUUUCCGUCAUUCAAGAUUCCACCAUUUCAUUCCCGGCGCUAUCGGGCAUGGAGAGGCUCUCUUCAGUGCAAGCCUCGCCCAUGAACGCAGCUACGUCACCUAAGAAGGGUGCGAGGGCUGCUGGCAAGGGCGAGGGUGCAAAGGACCUGUCACAAGGUGUCUAUGUCGACAACCUGAGAGAAGCACAUGAUUAUCUGCUCGAGGCUCAUUCUGUCGCGUCCAAGAGCGGGGACUCGGCGCUGAUCCACAAGAUUUCUGGCAUGUUGCAGCAUGUUGGGUUGUUUCUCACUGCUACUUCCUCCUCGAGAACCAAGGCGACGAUUCACUCUGCUCAAACAUCUUACUCUGUCGAGCUGGCGAGGAAUCUGAUCUGGAGAAGGGAGAGAAAGGCGAUGAUCCAAGAGAAGCACGCGCCCAGACAUGACGGCACCGAGUGGCCGCCCGCGUUGCAGUCUGUCACCUCCCGGAGAUCAAGUCUGGGAUUCACGCUGGACUUGCACAAGAUUCAGAGGGACUACAUUGACAUUGUCCCCAAGAAUUGGAACGUCAUCUCGAUUGCGCUUAGCGAGGGGAAUCAGGACUUGUGCAUCACCAAGCUUCAGGCUGGGCAGAACCCGUUUGUUAUCCGGUUACCGCUUGAACGCGCGACGUCACGAGAUGCGGAUAGCGACGUGUUCAACUUUCAGCAGGGAAGGUCUGAGUUGUUGGAUAUCAUCAAGGAGAUUAAUGCUACUUGCCACAGCGCAAAGGAUAUGAAUCAAAAGGGCGCGAAAACGGAGUGGUGGAAUGCGAGAGAGGCGCUGGAUGAGAGGCUGAAGGAGUUGCUGGAGAACAUCGAGCAGAUUUGGCUCGGGGGGUUCAGGGGCAUCUUUUCGCAGCACUGUCGGAGGGCGGAUCUGUUGGCCAGGUUUCAGAAGAGCUUUUUGGCCAUGAUGGAUAAACACCUCCCCUCGCGAAGACAGGUGAGAGGAAAAAAGACCAAGGUUGCUGCUGCUGGUCAAAAGGUGCAGCUGGACCUGAACAUCCUCGAGCUGUUUAUCGGGUUGGGGGACGCGACGAGGCCGGGCACGGACUUUGACGACGAGCUCACCGAUCUGCUGUACUUCGUCGUGGACAUUUUGCAGUUUCACGGCGAGAGGAACGCGUACGACGAGAUCGAUUUUGACUCGAUGGUGGUGGAGACGUUUGAUGCGCUGAUGGGGUAUCAUUCGGCUGUGAAUGAGGGGAGGAGUAGGAGUAGCAGGGGGGUGGAGGAGGAGACGGGGAUUCAUACGGUCUUGUUGCUGGAUAAGGCGCUGCAUGUUUUUCCUUGGGAGUCGCUGCCUUGCAUGCAGGGGUUGGCGAUUAGUCGGAUGCCGAGUUUGGCUUGUUUGAGGAGGUUGAUUUUGGAGCAGAGGUUGAGUGAGACGCCGGUGGGCGAGGGGGGGUUGUUGGAUGUGGAGGGGCAUCAUGUUGAUUUUGGGAAGGGGAAGGGGAAGGGGGCGUAUAUUUUGAAUCCGUCGGGGGAUUUGGCGGCUACGCAAAAGACUUUUGGGCCGGCACUCGAGAAGAAUCUUUCAUCGUUUGAGAGCAUCAUUUCGAGACCUCCGACGGAGCCUGAGUUUGAGAGGUUUUUGGCGGAGAAGGACUUGUUGCUGUAUUUUGGGCACGGGUCUGGAGCGCAGUAUAUCCGUGGCAGGACCAUUCGUCGUCUUGAUCGGUGCAAGGCUGCUGUUCUGCUCAUGGGUUGUUCCAGUGCGGCCCUGACAGAAGCUGGAGAGUUUGAACCCUCUGGUCCAGCGUGGAAUUACAUGCUCUCUGGCAGCCCAGCGGUGGUGGGGACGCUCUGGGAUGUGACAGACAGAGACAUUGAUCGGUUUGCCGGCCGGAUGCUGGAGACCUGGGGUGUCUUGCCCAAGGGCGCGGUGGAGGAUGAUGGCAAGGGGCGGGAUACAGGCAAGGGGAAGAGAGCCAGAGGGGAUAAGAAGAGGAGUUUGGUAGAGGCGGUAGCGGAGGCGAGGGAAGGGGGGUGUAGGUUCCGAUAUGUGACUGCGGCGGGAGUGGUUGUUUAUGGGGUGCCUGUUUAUGUCUGGAAGGAGUAG